AUGGCGCCUACUAUCGACAUCAUCCGCCAUGCGCAGGCAUCUCAUAAUAUCCACGGCGGCCACAUCAGGGACGCGAUACUGACUGAUGACGGCGUUGUGGAAUGCCAUCUUUUAAGAGAGACGUUUCCGUUUGGAUCCAAGGUUACCAAUAUCGUGUCGUCUCCCUUACGACGUGCCAUCGAUACCGCAAUCCUUGGGGUUCUUCCACUUGUAGAUAACCACAUCAAGGUCAAACUACUCCCCGAUCUACAGGAGAUUAGUCCCGCACCAAGCAGCACGGGAAUCCCGAAGAGCGUGCUCUCUUCCCAAUACAGUGGUGUUCAUAACCUGGACAUGGAUGACCUUGACGAGUAUUGGUAUCGUAAGGGCUUUAAUACCCCUUACGCGCCAGUGGUGGACAGAGUCGAGGCACGGGCGCGAUCCGCACGGCAAUACCUACGGAUGCUGGCGAGAACGGCCAUCGAGGCCGGGAAAGACGAUGCGCACAUAGUGGUCGUGACGCACGGGGAGUUCGCGCAUUGGCUCACGGGCGAUUUCCGGGGCGUGAGCGAAACCCGUAAUUCGGGUUGGCGUAAUACAGAGUGCCGGUCGUAUCAGAUCAGGGACAUCUUUGGGUCUGGUCACUCCGACCCGGAACUGGUUGAGACAGGGGAGAGCAUCGAAAGGAGGAACGGGCCCCUUUUCUACUUCGUGAUGAAUGCUUUCACUAUUUUCAGCCCCAGGAACAUUGCCACCAGGCGGGUGAUUGACUACGGCGAGAUAUUUCGAGCUCAAGAACGACUGUCGCUUCAUCAGGCUAAUGAAGAACCUGAACAAUUAGACGACGAGCCCGACAUAUCCGAUGAUGGAUGGAUUGAUAUGGACGAGUCGAACUGA